UCUCCUUUUUUAAAUCAAACCCAUUUUUUUUAUUUAUACAUUUCCAAAACUAAAAAAUCACCAUCAACGUGUAACGCUCUAAGCUUACCCAGAUGACACCCCAUCUCUCUAAAUUCUCCUCCGCCAUCAAAUCUCUCUAACCUCUCUCUCUAUCCGGGUCGGGUUUCAAAAUCUCCGGUGAGUUAGUUCUGUUAUUUUUAAUGGACGACGAAUCGGAGAAAGUUAUGGUGACGAGAAAGAGAGUAAACGGCGGCGGAGGCGGCGGAGGGAGGCAGUAUAAAGGGAUAAGGAUGAGAAAGUGGGGGAAAUGGGUGGCGGAGAUAAGAGAACCGAAUAAGCGGUCUAGGAUUUGGUUGGGUUCGUACUCGACACCAGUAGCGGCGGCUCGAGCUUAUGAUACGGCGGUUUUUUAUUUACGAGGUCCGUCUGCGCGGCUUAAUUUUCCUGAAUUUUUGGCGGGAGAGGAAAUUAGUGGCGGCGGCGGAGGAUGCGGGGGUGAUAUGUCGUCGGCUUCUAUUAGGAAGAAAGCAACCGAGGUCGGAGCUAGGGUUGACGCGCUUGAAACCGCUUUGAAUCAUCACCACCACCACCACAACCACCGCUCCGGCGGCUACCACCAUGACGAUGAGCAUCAUGGGAGUAGCAGCAGUAGCAGCAGCAGCCAUAGCAAUCAUAAUCUAAAUAACGACGGCAAAUCGGCGACGAUUGAUAGUUCAGAGUUCAAGUCCUUUAUAGAACGGGUCGACUUGAAUAAAAUACCCGACCCGGAAGAUUCGGAUGUUGAAUGGGAAAUAAAGUACCCGACCCGGAAGACGACAGAUACCGUUAGUUAGUCGUUGGCUAACAUGCGCCGGGGGAGGUAUGUUAAAGUUAAGGUUAAGGCUAAUCAAAAUGAUCAAUUAAAACUGAAGAAGUGGAUUAUUGAUAUAUUUUAGCAGUUUCAAUGCUUUUUCUUUUAAUUUUGCUAAGGAGAUUUUGCCAUUGUAAAAUUAAAAUUGAGAAUUGUAUAUUAAUUAAUUAAUUAGUGGGUUUAUGACAUA